AGCGCGCAGAUCUUUGAGACACGGACGCGGGCGGCAGCAGCAGGAGAGAGAGAGAGAGAGAGAGGGAGAGAGAGAGAGAGAGCAUCAGCAUCAACACACAGACCCGCUGAACGGGGCUCGGCAGCCUCCCUCCCUCCGUCCCUCCGUGCCCAGCCAUGAAACAAACCAUACUGGACCUCAUGAGGAUGAGUAGGAUCUGUCGGAUGGUGCUGGCCACUUGUUUAGGAUCUUUUAUUCUGGUCAUCUUCUAUUUCCAAAGUAUGUUCCAACCAGUUAUGAGGAGGAAUCCAUUCGCAGCGGAGGGCUGCUGUCGGAAAGGCUCCAGAAACGCCCUACAGGAGCUGUACAACCCCACACAGGCCGAGUUCUCUGCGGCGGCAGUGUUGCACCAGGCCCGGCGGGAUCAGGUGGCGGAGACGUGUCGUGCACACAGUGCGUCCAGCCGUAAACGCCGUGUCUUGACCCCCAGUGACCUCAAGCACCUGGUGGUGGACGAGGACCACGAGCUUAUCUACUGCUACGUGCCCAAGGUGGCGUGCACCAACUGGAAGCGGGUCAUGAUGGUGCUGAGCGGCCGUGGCAAGUACAGCAACCCAAUGGAGAUCCCAUCCAAUGAGGCCCAUGUGCCCUCCAACCUCAAGACCCUCAACCAGUACAGCAUCCCUGACAUCAACCACCGGCUCAAGAACUACCUCAAGUUUCUCUUUGUGCGUGAGCCCUUUGAGCGGUUGGUGUCAGCCUACCGCAACAAGUUCACACUCCGCUACAACACCUCCUUCCACAAACGCUACGGGACGAAGAUUGUUCGGCGAUAUCGAAAGAAUGCCACAACCGAGGCACUGCAGAGCGGUGCCGAUGUGAAGUUUCAAGAGUUCGCAGAGUACCUGGUGGACCCGGGCACUCAGAGAGAAGCUCCACUCAAUGAACACUGGCAGACCGUCUACUCGCUCUGCCACCCCUGCCACAUCCACUACGACCUGGUGGGCAAGUAUGAGACUUUGGAGGAUGAUGCAAACUACGUGCUCAAACUGGUAGGGGAGGGUGACUCACUGCGCUUCCCAUCGUUUGCCAAAUCUACCCGUACCACCGACCAAAUGGCAGCCAUGUUUUUCGGCAACAUCAGCUCCCAGCAGCAGAGCCAGCUCUAUCAACUCUACAAACUGGACUUUCUUAUGUUCAACUAUUCUACUCCUAGCUACCUGAAACUGCAGUAGACAUCCAUAUGCAGUGGCGCACACUUUCUGAGCUUGUUCAACAAGGUUGAGCAAUAGGAGAAGAGCCGGGGCUCAGAGACACAGGCAGGGGAAUCAACCAAGCACCUAAAUGUAAAAUUGUAUUUAUAUCCGCUGGGACGGUUGCUUUAUUUUAAAAUGAUCAAGGAGCUGUCGGUCUCAAAUGCACUCGAAAGUGGUCUUUUUGAGACUGAGGUCUGAAGCGCGGAUGUAUGUGCCCAUUGAAUUGUACAUUUCCAGUGUAAAGGCUCUUUUUCCACAACAUCAAAAGCAAUAGGACAGUAUCUGAGCCAUACCUGCUCAGCUGGUUUAUCUAGUAAUAUACUCAGCCAGCCGCCAUUAUCGAAGCUUCACAAAAAGGAGCAGCUAGACUAAUAAUAAGACUCAAGAUACAAUCAGAGACUUGUUCUGACUUCAAUUCCCUUACUUCUAAUUCCUUGUUCACUUUGGAAGUUUCCUCGCUUCUCUCCCAUACUCAGACUGCCUUUGUGUGUAUUUAUAUGGUGCAUAGGUAACGGUGCACACUAAAAUAAGAAUGACAAAAAAAGGCAUUGAAAGGUGCCUUGCUGAAGGGGCGUGUUCUAAUGUGAGUGACAGGCAGGGGCUCUGCCCACUGGGUCAGUCAGGGAGCAUCUGUAGCAGUCAGGGGUCAGAGGUCACUGGCCUCAAACACACUGUUCCCACAACCCCGUCCUCCUUUGGUUGGUCUUCAGUAAAUUAAAAGAUUUAGUUUUAUUUUGUAUUUGUUUGUAAUGGAAAAGGGUGCUGCGAGCAGCACGCUAUUGUAUUAUUUGCAUUACUCUGUGAAAUAGAGAUAAGAAACACUUAAUGUUUUGUUCUGAGCAAAGGAAAUCAGCUUAGCGCUAGAGAUCUUCUGAUGUUUAAUUGUCAUAAUUUGUUCAUAAUUUUUCUUGCCUCAUAUGCAGAACACUGUUGCUGGGAUACCUCGCUGGUUGACGGGUGUACGGAAACGGGCAGGACUUUGUUUUCUGAGCUGUUCUCAUGGGAAAGUUUCACACAGUGGUGUGCAUUUGAGAAAGAGAGAGAGAGAGAAAGUGCAGGCAAAUCUGUUCAAUCCAUUACAUGAUUUAAACCUCUUUUGCAAUUUCAGCAGUUCAAAGGAACACCCUUUAAUUUAGUCCUUUAUGACCUUUAUUUGCUUUGAUGAUACACAAAAUGUAUAAAAACUGCUUAUUUAUGAGAACAAAGGCAACAAGUGGGUGUGUCCAAGUUCUUUAUCUCACUGUCCUUUUCUGUAGCAAUUCUCUUGACUCUGACUGAGGGCUUCUUUCAGCUUUCUCUCUCACACAUCUCUGUGCUUUUUAGGAAAAAGUCUUCAAAAAGUUGGCCUGAAUAAGCGAGUGCUGAUUAGCAGGAUUUUAAGUCCUGUAGAGAAGGGUGUUUAAUGAAGACCACACACAUUCACACACACACACACACACUUGUGGAGGCACCCUGUUCAUGCAGAGUAAAAGUGUGGCAAAAAAGCAAAGGCCACGUUUUCGAUCUUUCCUUCGCUAUCCCAUUCUCACGCUUGUUUUCCAAAAUCUUAUCUUACUCCAAAAAAAAAAGGAAUUCUCAUGAUAUUCCCCAUCAUGCUGAAACCAGUAAAAAAACUGUAAGUAAUAAUUACAAAACUUGAGCAUUUUAACCAAGUUGUCAUGUAGUAAUUAUGGUAACUGACAGGCUGGUUAGGACAAAAUAUCACAUCCAGUAGAUAAAUUUAGCAUAUACAGUACUACACACACAAAAACUUGGGCUGUUUCUCAAUUCCAAGAACGCAGAGAACAGACAUGUGAUCUUGUGGAGACCGGUAUUGCCAGGUCACCGCAGAAGAACGAACUCGGGAGACCACGAGAACACAGAACACGUCCUGUGAGAAAUGAGAUGCUGCGUUCUUCCCGAUAGUCACAUGACCUUCACGCAUUUUUAAUAGAAGACUAUUCAAACAUUACUGCACAUACAGCAUACAACGAUUUAUUGUUUUUUUCCCUUUUCAAUAAAUGUAACACGCAGAAAAACCUUACAAAUAUAAGCUGCACAAUACAAAUAACACAGAUUUUAAUAUUAAUUUCAGCAAAUAAUCACCCGCAAUGUGUUAUUUUCAUGGUAAUGUUUACUUUCACCAUUACAUUUAGGGAAAGUCCUGAGAUAAAUAUGUUAAAUCUCUGAACUUAAAUAAUAAAUCUAUAUAAGAUGCUGCGCUUUCCACCUUCUUUAUUCAGUCACAAUGACUUCUAGGUUCAGUUCUCAAGUUCGGUGCUCAAGUCUGCAUCGAUGCGUCCUCAAUACCAAAAACACAUGCGGAAACUUUCAUGCAGCCUCCGUUCUUGCGGUCUUGAGUUUUGAAACUGAACUUUUAUGGUUGAUGAUGACGUUACACAAGAACACAAGAUCGCUGAAGAACGGGACCAGGGGCAGCCAAGCUGGAGCACAUACUCUUGUCCCCUGGGCUCUGCAAUAGUUGGGGAAAUUCGAAAUUGAACCAAAAUAAAAAACAACCCACUAAAAUUGGCUUAAGAUUGGCAAUGAAAAUUCAGGAAUUGCAAUCAGCAGAACCUGGGAAGAAAAAAAAAUAUUGAGAAACUGCCUUGGUCUGUUUGCUCCUAGAUUGCACGUUCAAAUCUCUCCUCUCAUUUUGUGAAUCUGAAGCAAAACAAAUCUGAAACUUUUUUAUUUCUAAGUCAUCAGCUCAGAAAACAUGUUCCUGAAUGCCUUCCCAGUUUUAAAAACUGUUUAUUUCAUUUGUUCUGUAACAACAAACGCGGUACAGCCUCAUUAGCGCCCACACGGCAGCCACGCUAAUACACGCAUUAGCGCCCACAUUAGCAGGCACAGUGCCUUUCAAACGGUCACUCCAUCAAAUGCAGCACAGCUCACUCACGUUGCAUGCAUUUUUAGAAACAAAACCCAUAAUUUGCUUUAUUUAUGAUUCCAGCUGAGGGCAUUCCCGGACGUUUUUAAUCAUCUUUAGCUAACUUUGCUAACGCUGUAGUAGAUGCUCACACGGCUUACCUGUUGCUCUAUGUGCCUGUUUAAUGAUCAGUGUCUACAUUGGUUGCUGAGUUCCCAAACUAGCCGCAGUCUAAUUUAUUUAUUUAUUCCAUCCAAGUAUCAAGGAUGGACUCUGCCGGGUCACUGGGUCAGACCCUCGCACUGUAAAUGGGGAAAAAUACAAAACAAAUGAACUGUCAAAUCAAUGCGCUCCCUGGAGAACGCGCUCACACACUUUCUCUCUCUAUCUCUUCUGUUUUCUCAAUAAAGCUGAAACUGAAACCCUUA